GUGCUGUACUUUCAGCAUGGGGUUCCCUGACCGACACUUUAUCAGUAAGGGACGGCAUUCCGGAUCAACAAUCUCAGCAAGAGCUCAGAGCAGUCGAGAAUGGGGUCAGCAAUCGAGAACACGCUCAAGGACAUCCAAAAAACGCUCGAGCCCUACAUCCGACCAAGGGAGGAAGUAGCACGUAUAAGACAGAUCUUGGCUACCCAUCUCAACUCAUGCAUCAAGGACGGAGAUGCAGUCGCGCCUUUGUCGCUCGUUGACACGAGGCGGGUUGAACUAUCCCCGGCUGCCCAAGGGUUACAGAAGGAGUACCUCGAGGCGUUGAACGCCAACACCAGGGCCAGACAGGAGUUUGCCGCGUUUUGUCGCGAGCAGAGGCGACCAAAGACACAAGCGUCCGACACCAACGACCAAGACGUCGACCGUCUGCAAGAACAUCUGGCUACUAUCCGCCUCGGGCAGAGGCGCGAGAAGCUGCAGGCCAUUGAGAGGGGGCUCAACGCGCUCGAGCAAAAACCUGCGGCAUCACCCAGCUUCCUCAAACCCGAGGAAAUAUUCCGGGAUUCCAGGCCCCUCCCAAACAUUCCCAUGGAGCUGAUGAACGGCAUCACGCUCGAAAAGGCGUCAAAUAGCCCGCAGCUAAAGGAUCUGCUGGAUCGGCUGGAGAAGCGUGUUCUGCAGGCGAAGCUUUUACUGAAACGAGAGGAGCAACUGUUGGAGAAGGUCAAGUCACGCGCCACAUUGAGGCCAGAGAACGUGGACGAGGGCGCCAAAUUCGAGGCACUGAACAGGACGAGGGCCGAGCUUAUCAAUUGGAUAGAGGCCGAGCUUGGGAAGGCCACAGGAGAGGACAGCGAGGCAGAGGGCCAGGAGAUCCAGAGGCAUACCUCUCAUACAGAUUUCAACAUGGAAGAACAACUCGCCAGCAUCAAAGAGAAGUACGCGCAGUAUCUUGAGGCACGCAAAACUCUCCUUCAGCUGGUCAGUCAGCAGCCUCAGCCCCUCGUCGCACCCCCGCCCAAAGAGGACAGGCGUCCAGCACCAGCAGAGCCCAAUCCCGCGCCUACCGCACAUCUCCUGUCUCCGUACCUUGAGCAACUACUUCUCAUCUCCCGCGAGCAGAAGGGACUCAUUGCUCAAAAAUCUCACAUCAACGGCACCAUCUCCAAUCAGCUCAAAGAGAACAACCAAGCGCUAGACCUCCUGGCUGAAGAGAGCCAACUGAUACCGGCUCAUCCGAUGCCCGGAGCGGGGCGGGCCAAUUCAGCAUUCGCCGAGGCGACAUCGGUAACCGGAAAAUGUGGCCUCUCCGACCGAGUUAGACCCUGGGUAUUUGCUGCCGAUUCUGCCAAGAUAGCUACGCUCGAAGCCGUAGCUGAGAAGAUCGAGGAGGGGCAGAUCGCCCUCGAAGGGUCUAUGAGUGCACUGGGAGAAGUCCAAGAGCUGCUCGGGCAAUCACCCGAGGGCGAAGAAAAGGGCGGACGAGCUAGCACCGCCGAGGACAGCUUACGGCUUGUUGAAGGACAGGGUCCCGAGAAGACGGCCGGCGCAGAGAGACAGACUCGCCGAGAGGCGGACAAGCCGCCAGCACAAACUAGGACAGCGUGGGACAUGUUGGACGGGAAUCUCGGGCUUCUGCGAGCCGAGAAAGAUGCCCCUUGAUUUGCAGAAAUAAAUAAGCAGUUCCCGUCUUUAUCCUCCGCCUGCUCCAUUAACGCCUGUGACUUUGUGACCGUUUCAUUUUGAAC